GUUGGUGAUAAGGUAAUGGUCCUGGCUAGGUCAGGGCUCUGGCAAGAAGUCGUGAACGUGCCAGCCAGUCAGACUUUCCUGAUGCCUGAGGGGAUGAGCUUCGAGGAAGCGGCUGCUCUCCUUGUCAACUACAUCACUGCCUACAUGAUCCUGUUUGACUUCGGAAACCUGAGACCCAACCAGAGCGUCCUCAUCCACAUGGCUGCAGGUGGUGUGGGAACUGCUGCCAUCCAGCUGUGCAAGACUGUAGAAAAUGUCACCAUUUUUGGCACAGCAUCUGCCUCCAAGCAUGAGUCACUCAAGGAGAGCGGGGUCGCUCACCCCAUUGACUACAGAACGAUGGAUUAUGCAGAGGAGGUCCGGAAAAUCUCUCCCAAAGGUGUUGACAUUGUCCUGGACCCCCUGGGAGGAUCCGAUACGUCCAAAGCAUUUAACCUGUUGAAGCCAAUGGGCAAACUCAUCACUUACGGGGUAGCCAACUUGCUCACUGGGCAGAAGAAGAACCUCAUGGCUAUGGCUAAAACCUGGUGGAACCAGUUCAGCAUCAAUGCCUUGCAGCUGCUACACCAUAACAAGGCUGUGUGUGGCUACCACCUCGGAUACAUGGAUGAAGAACAUGAGCUUAUCGGAGGUGUUGUAGCCAAGCUGGUUAACCUGUACAGUCAAGGCAAAAUCAAGCCCAAAAUAGACUCUGUAUGGCCCUUUGAUCAGGUGGCAGAUGCCAUGAGGCAGAUGCAAGAGAAGAAGAAUGUUGGAAAGGUCAUCCUGGUUCCUGAAGCACCCAAGGAAGAAUCCAAAAAAGAAGAGAACUAAGGAGAAGAGAUGUGUGCAGAUUGUGAAUUCAUGGUUUAUCUCCCUGAUCUUUGGGACCUGGAAAUGGACAGAUCAGUAGCUUCCAUCUUCACCAGUGCAAGAACAUCGUGGUUAAAGUUCAGAUGAGGUUUGCAUGCUCUCGUUGUGACUGACCCUUUGCC